AAGAAAGAGAGGGGUAUCAGAUAGAGCCAGAGAGAUGGAGUGGAGACCGAUAAUCUUGACGGAGCCGGAGGCCAAUGACGUGUUCAGGCAAGUCCAAUCGAACGGGGUGACGAUCGCUCUAGAUGGAUUAUCUCGUGCAAAAGCCAUCGAGGUUAUCGAUUCGUUCCUCAAUCAAUACGAGGAAUGCUUUUGGACAAUAGUGAUCCGCCAGAUCAGCUUUGCGAUCAGAGAAGAGCUCCUAAAAUCUAGGAAUGUGAUCGACGUAAAGUUGGUUAGAGAAGUUGUCGAGUAUCUUUCAAACCGCCGCGGCGUGGAGAAGAAGAAGAAGGUGGAAGGUUUAGAGGAGAAGAAGAAGGAUGAGGAGGAGGAGAGCUCGGAGGGCUCGGGGGAGGAGUCUGAAGAUGAAGAAGAUUCGGAUCAGGAUUUGAAAAAGGAAGAGGAUUCGGAUGAGGAUUCUGAUGAUAUGGAGGUGGUGGUGGUGGCGGAGGGGGAAACGGAGGUGGUGGCUGAUGAGGAGGAGGAGAUAGAUGAUUUAAAAGAUGAUCCAAUAACGAGACAAGAAUGCAUCGAGGAUUUGGUGGUACUGUCCAGUGAGAAGGGAUUGAGUGUGAAAGAAGGCGAGGAGGAUGAGAUCCUGGAUAUGAUGAUUCCCUACCUCCGCGGAUGCCUCAUGUAUACCAAGGGCAUCAUGAUUUUCCUGAGAAGGGUGAGAGAGCAUAUUGAUAGGUGUAGCACCCUCAACGAUUUGGAGACGGUGAAGGCCGCCCUCGAGAAUAGCAUUUUUCGUGAAGAAUAUGAGGACUGGAAAAAGGAGAAGACCAGUACCAGUAGGAUGGAGGAUGUGGCUGAUGCUAAGGACCAAGUUAAUCAUCAGUUAAAGAAGAAUAUGGUGCCAACUAAGGAAGAAGCGAUUGCUGCCCCCAUGAACCAGAUAAAACAAGAAAAAAGAGUAUGUGGAGAUAUAAUGGAAAUUGAAGAAAUGGAGACUUUGACCCCCUUGAACCUGCCAGAACAAGCAGAAGAAAGUACGGGCAAUGCUAUCAAAGAAAGUUUGGAAAGGGGUGGAGCUAAUAAGAGAAAGCUUUCCCAGAUCUAGCCCGGGUAUUAAGUUUGUUUAGCAGGUUGAGGAUAUGGGAGUCUAGUAUGUAAUAGUUUGGAAUAGACUGACCAACAAGAUAUUAACAAAUUAGAAUUAUUCAGUUUUUUGUUUUGUUCCUCGUUUAUAUGAGAAUUUUGCGUUACGUUAGCGUUAGCUCCCUAACCUCUCCUAAUUUAGUUGUAGAUUGCCUUAAAAUCAUGUCAU